AUGAAGGUUUUCACGGUCCUCUCUUCCGUUGCUGCUGUCGUCGUCGCGCUGAGCUCGACGGCCGACGCCCAGCGACUUCUGCGCUCGGAGGCGUCAGCGCAGACGGACUCGACCGUCACCACCACGGACUUCACGACGCUCGGGUCCAUGGGCGGCUCCAGCUUCACGCCCGGCAACGUCGCGGCCGGCAGCAGCUUCGGCGCUCUGGACAAGGAAGGCGGCUCAAUGAACGACCACCGACCGUCGGGCUCCAUGCGCGGCGGCUUCGGCUCGGGCAACGGCAUGCACAACGUCGGAUCGGGCGACGGCUUCGCUCACGGCAGCGGCUCGUUCGGAGGAGGUCGCGGCGGAUUUGGCGGACACGGACACCACGGCAUGGGCGGCGGCUCCUUCUCGGGCAGCAGCUUUGCCGGCUCGUUCAGCGGCCACGGAGGCUUUGGGGGCUCCGGAUUCGGCAGUGGCCACGUCGGCGGGGGCUCGUUCGGCGGCAACCCGCCGUCCAUCGGCUCGGGUGAAGCCCCGACGGAGGGCUCGGGCGAAGGCCAUGCUCCGGCUGCUGCUGCUACCAGCUCGGUGGCUGCGUCCGGGUCGGCGUGA